AUGUCGGACACAGCAUCAAAUGACACAGAAACUGUUACAUAUGCGGUAACCGAGGAGCAAGGGAAAACUAAUCUUCUGUUUUCAUUAGUUGAAAGCGUAGUAUCAUUGGUUGCAGUUGCAUUCGGAAUUUUUGUGUAUUUUUAUAUAAGAUAUAAAUAUCCCCGAUUAGUCGACAGGGUAACGUUUCGACUCGCACUUGCUACAAUGAUAUCAGACUUUGGCAUUUGUAUAGCUCUAUUAAUCAAUUCAGCCUUUGGAUCUCCCAUCGGCUCAACAUGUACAGGAGUUAUCUGGGCAUAUGUAUUUUUUAGUCUUACGUCAAUUUUCUUCCCUACUUGCAUUGCUCUCAAUCUACAAAUCGUGUUCCUUCAUGAAUACAGGGGUAGAUGUAAAUUAGAAAUGCUUUAUUUCACAGUUUCGACUGUUUUAGCCUUAAUUCUAUCAUUACUUCCGUUCGCCGAUCACAUGUAUGCUUGGAAUUAUCCCGAAGGUGGAUGCUUUUUCCGUGACUCGGGCACAAAAUUGAGUAUUACAUGGCAAUGGGGAUCAUUCUACGUUUGGGAAAUACUUUGUAUACUAUAUUGUAUAAUAAUAUUAAUUUGUGUUGCGGUGAAAUUAUACAAGAAUAGAUCAGUAAACGCUAAUAUUAGUGGUCAAACAGUGACAAGUCAAUAUGAGAAGAAUGUUUUAAGGAACAAGACCAUUAUGUCAUUGGUGGUUAAAAAGGCUAUAUGGUAUCCCAUUGUGCCCAUAAUAACUCAGGCACCAAAUUUUUUAGUUGAAACUGAUAUUUAUGUUAACCAGAGGAUCAACUAUGCAUUUUUAAUAAUGUCUAGUCUCAACGCAGCUCAAGGUUUUCUCAAUACCAUAGUAUUUAUGCAAGAUAUCGCGGUUUCUAGAGCUUAUAGAUUAACGAAAUUAAAUUGGUGGUAUAAUCACGUUAAUAAAUAUGAAGAGUCAUAUCCCCAUUUAUCGCGUAAUAAAGCAUUUGGUCCAUUAGAUUCGGCUGAUCGGGUUGAUAAUGAAGCAAAAAAUGAACAGAAACAACAAAUUCAAAAACAACCUUCUUUUGGCGAAAAAUUACGAUAUAAUUUGUUAACCUUAUUAUUUAGUAAACCAAAAGGAGAUGAAAUGUUGACUGAAUAUGAUCAAUAUAUGACGGUAAAAAAUGACGAAGAAUUGGUUUCAACACAAUCAAUAAAUGACGAUGAUGCAAAAGUAAAGGAUGGCGAAGGUGCUAUAGGUCAAUUUAAUAAGAAUGUAUUAUGCAAAUUGUAA